AUGACAUCAAUUCUCUCUAAGCCUCAUGGGGGUGAAGCAGAUGACAGGAUUAUGAACGGUUUUGAUUGCACCAAGAAUUCCAUUACUUACCAGGUGUCCCUGCGUACAGCGGGGACUCACUUCUGUGGAGGGGCGCUCAUUGCAGAUCAGUGGGUUCUGACUUCUGCUCAGUGUUUUAAAGGAAGUGUUCAGGUUGUUCUGGGAGAACAUGACAUAAAGAGGACUGAAAAUACAGAACAGUACAACAAUUCCAUCAAGGUCAUACGGCACCAAGCCUUUAAUCCAAGAACCCUGGACAACGACAUCAUGUUGAUCAAAUUAGCCUCAACCCCAACUUUUAAUAAUUUUGUCAACAAAGCGUCUCUGCCCACGGGCUGCGUAGGCCCCAAUUCAUUCUGUCAGGUCUCCGGAUGGGGAAUCACAUUGACCAAUAAUGGUAAGAAAUGA